UUCCAGUUGGGAAUUGUAUUAGCCAUGGGAAGGCAUUUCUUGACAAGCCACCGCCCGGUAACACUAAAACGCGUUAGGGUGUUCUGUCAACUCGUUCUGCGAAUACAGAAACGAAAAAAAUAGUAAACAACAUUUAUUGGAGGGAAAAAAAGAAAUAGCCCGGCUUCCGCAUAAACAACUGUCGCAGACCCGCAGCACCGAUUAAAGCCGACAGCCGACGCCAGUUAACCUAACCUCUGAUCAAAUUAAGUGGGCCAAAAUGAGCGUGGAGGAGGAAGUGUUUCGAAUCCAAAAGAAGAUGAGCAAGAUGGCCAGCGACGGCACAGGACAGGAUCAGGCUCUGGACCUGCUGAAGGCCCUGCAAACGCUUAACAUCAAUCUCGACAUUCUGACCAAAACGCGCAUCGGCAUGACCGUAAACGAGCUGCGCAAGAGUAGCAAGGACGACGAGGUGAUCGCUCUGGCCAAGACGCUGAUCAAGAACUGGAAACGAUUCCUCGCCAGCCCGGCGCCAACCACACCGAACAACAGCUCCGCUAAGGAGGGCUCCUCCAACAACAGCAGUGCCUCGAAGUCCACCAGUGCCGCCAAGUCGUCGUCGUCAAUCUCCGGCAAGGAUAAGUCCAGUUCAUCCAGCUCAUCCAAGGAUAAAGAGAAGAAAGGCUCGACAUCCUCGUCACAGACCUCGUUUCCCUCCGGCGGCAUGACAGAUGCGGUCCGCAUCAAAUGCCGCGAAAUGCUGGCCACCGCACUGAAGAUUGGUGAAGUGCCCGAAGGAUGCGGUGAGCCGGAGGAAAUGGCCGCCGAACUGGAGGAUGCCAUUUACUCCGAGUUCAAUAACACGGAUAUGAAGUACAAGAAUCGCAUUAGGUCACGCGUGGCCAAUCUGAAGGACCCCAAAAAUCCUGGAUUGCGAGGCAACUUUAUGUGCGGCGCCGUCACUGCCAAGCAGCUGGCCAAAAUGACGCCGGAGGAGAUGGCCAGCGAUGAGAUGAAGAAGCUGCGCGAGAAGUUCGUCAAGGAGGCCAUCAACGAUGCCCAGCUGGCCACCGUGCAGGGCACCAAGACCGAUCUCCUCAAGUGCGCCAAGUGCAAGAAGCGCAACUGCACCUACAACCAGCUGCAGACUCGUUCCGCCGAUGAACCUAUGACCACCUUCGUCAUGUGCAACGAGUGCGGCAACCGAUGGAAGUUCUGCUAACUCCCAAAAUUGUUCCAAAAUAUAAAUCAAUCCCAAAUGAGCACACACCACACAUCCUUCAUAUUCUUAAAUGAAACAUUGUAAAGACACGACACGCGAGAAAACAUUUUGUAUCUGCUGCCCAACUGCGGAGGCGUUUACUCUGACCACCUAAACCUUAAACGAGAGAAAAGAAAUUUCAAUAAACAUUAACUAUUGAUAAAACGGAGACGUCUUGUUGCCGCAAUCAGUUUUUUAAAAACGCCGGUGAUAACGACCACGCUGCUGAUAACUCGCCGAUAACACAGCGGGGCGAUAAAUUGAGCAUUGAGCAAAGUAAAUAUGAAUACAUUAUAAAUAUAACUCAGAAUGAUCUAGCAGAGAAGUAAAUAAGACGCCAUAUUGUGUAUGUAUUCUCGAAGAGUAUUAACAACCGAUGUAAUUAGUCAGUUUUAAAGCAAUUUGCAUUAACGAACUUUGUAUUGCAUUAAGUAUAGAAGUCGGAACGGGCCAGAUCGGACAACUAUAUCAUAUAGCGGGCAUAGGAAUAAUUAAAACAUUAACGCAAAAUAAAUAUGUGUUCGUUGUGUUAG